AUGGGAAUCAACGCCACUCAGUUAACGGUUGCCGUGAUUGGCUGUGGUACCCUAGGGACCGCAAUUGCCGCUGGUAUUCUCGACCCAAAAGAUAGUGAAGCUUUCCAAAUCAACCGCCUCAUCUGCACCGUCGGAACCGAACCCUCUAAAACCCGCCUUGAAGCUGCCCUUUCCGAUCACAAAUCGCGAAUCACAGUUUCCACCGCGGAUGAAAAUGUUCGCGCAGUCCAAGAAGCAGAUAUCGUGCUACUGGCCUUUAAGCCCUUCAAGCGAGCCGACGUCUUUGCAGUUCCCGGAUUCAAAGAGGCUUUGCGUGAUAAGUUUGUCCUUAGCAUCAUGGCCGGCAUUACCACCGCUGAGUUGAGUCGCCUAACCUUCGGUGAAGAUUAUGACUCGAACAGUCAAUCAUCGCUUCAGGCUGUACGUGCUAUGCCCAAUAUGGCCGCUAGGAUCCGGGAGGCUGUGACAUUGUACACCCCCAGUCCCGCCACCACAAAGGAGAACGUCGAGCUUGCAUCUUGGGUAUUUGGCCAGGUUGGUGAAGCUCAUCAGAUUCCCGAGAAAUCUUUUGAUAUCUGUGCAGUCUUGGUCGGUUGUGCCGGCUCGCUGCUGCUCCUUGCCAUUGAUGGAUUGCUGGAUGCUGCUGUCGCCGAGGGCGUGAGGAGACCGGAGGUACAGAAUCUGGUGGUGAACAGUGCGAUUGGUAUGAUGAAGUUGGUACCUGCAGGAGAUCAUCCGAGUGUUCUACGAGAGAAGAUUGCCUCUCCUGGAGGCUGCUCUAUUCGAGCUCUCUUGGAACUUGAAAAGCUAGGAGUUCGUUCAGCGUUCACAACUGCCAUCCUGGCAGCGGCGGAGAAAUCAAAACAGAUGUCCUCUACCCGUUGA